AUGAACGCUGUCGAGGUUGAUCGUCCGAAUUACAGGGCUUUAAUAAAAGAUAUCUUCUUGCUUCCCGAACUCGCGGACAAAAACCUUAUCACACCUUUUACAAAUGACUUGCCAAAGUUGCUCAUAUGUGCUCUCGAAUCGUCCGAGAGCCUGUUCCCAGAGGAGUGCAAAGGGCAACUGCGUCAGUGUCGCAAUAGCAUCAACAACUUUUUGGAAGCAAGGACCGGAACGAACCAAAUCAACGAACAAGGUGUUUUCAAAUUGCUUCAAAGCAAGUGUGCCGCUGCCAUUCCUUUAUACCUGCGACAUCAUAAUGCUGGCAUUAUAGUUCGGUGGAGUCAACGCCAGCGCCGUGUUGAAGCAUUCCAGCUAUCACCAAAAGUGCAAGCUGUAGAAUCAACAGUUGGAAGACUCACACGACAAUUCCCUGAAAUCAGUGUCGUUAUUCAAGAAAACACGGCCGCUGAUAAAGAUUUUAUUCAAGUCUUUGCUGAAGCUAUGUCUGAAAUAGACAAGGCAGAGGUUUCUGGAUUGAAGCCCACCAGGCUCGUCAAGGGCAAAAAGUAUGAAGUCCAAUUCGACGCGACUCAGCCGGAUCAUCUUUUUGACGCAAUCUUUGGCUUCCUUUUUACUGAGCAGUCCAGUGACAAAGAAGUUCCAGCCCACGCAAAAAUCGUGAAGCACACUCGUGACUUCGUGUUGCACGUCGAAAACGAAACUACUGUAAUUAGACGAUCGCCAAUCUGGCUUUUUCUCAAAGUUGUAUUGCAGCAAGAACUUCGCCAUUCAAAAGCCAUGAGUGAUUACACCCUAUACAAACAGUUCAUGGUGCUAUUCUUUGCUUUGCUCCUCGACUCUGCAUGCGACCGCAACCUCGACAGCCAUACUGUCCACUGCAUGCGCCGAAAGAUCGGCUACCGAAUGUGGAAAUUAAAAAAUGAGGCCGUUGGUCCGUGGAUGAAGAAUGUUCAGCACGCGUUAGCCAAGGCAAAUGGUCUGCUAAAUACACGUUGGGAGAAGAUUGUGAAGCGUGACCAAAAUUUUCAAGCCACCACAUUGCCUCAGUUUCUUGCUGAUGCCACCGAUUGCACCGUCACGCACAGCGAGUUGGAUGCCUUCUUGGCAAAAGUAAGCCAAACUCCCCCACAGACAAACAACCAUGUGGCCGAUCCCAGGUCGGACAUCAUAAGCUGGGGACCGGGCAAGCUUCCAAACAUGAAACAGUUAGGUGAUGAAAAACCCCCAACGGAUAUUUUCAACUUGAUCAUGGUAGAGACUUGGGUAGAGGACUAUCUCUGGGACUUUGUCAGGUCGCAAGAAAAGGAUGAAUGCACAUGCUCAGAUAUUCAAUCUUUCGCCGUGGCAUAUUUCAAACGCGCACAUAUUGUCUAUCAACAUCUUCCCGAUCACAUGUCAGUCAUGUACCUCACUCUGCUAGAGCUCUGGAUUGCCAGCGACAUGUCAGCUGUGGCGCGCAAUCCUUCGCUACGAGAAUACACGCCCUUUGGUGUUGAAGACAUUUGCUGGGAGGCACUGAUCUUGCAAAGAAAGCGGGAUGUAUUUCGACUGUCACAAGCAGAGGAGUACAUCAGAUGCCGUUCAGUCGAAAAGAUGUGCAUGAUGGCAAAUUAUGGCACGGCUGAUUGUUUCGCGUCUCGUUUUGCGCAGGCCAGUGCGCCGCAUAUGGCAUUGAGGGCUACCAUUGAUAGCGACGAAGACAAGAUUGCGGAGGAAAAGACCACUGAGCUCGAAAAAUCAAUAAGGAAGCAAAAGUGGCACCUUGAAUCUCAUAAAAAGAUGCAGUGCGAUCCCACCACCUGCUGCAUAGGAACCGGGCAACUCCCCUGCGAGCGAUGCCACCAUCUGGUCCUGGCUCGUGAAUUAACAAUCACCCCUUACUUCAAGAUUCUUCCAGAUGAUGAAGAUGCUGCGAACGCGGUUGUUUUUGAACUGAAGCCCCCUGCUGAUAUAUCUGCGUGGCGUGACUUUUGUCUUUUUCUUCAUUUGAACGUCGCUGGCCACAGCAACUCUGGAGGCAAUCCAGCUUCUUAUAGCUACCUGCAUAACUACAGAAUGUUUCAGCCAUAUGCCGAGAAGAACGAUUUGAACUCACAUCCGAGAAUCUGCGCGGCCUCUCUCCCUCCCAAGAAAGGCACCAACGACCCAAUUCAGGUUCGACAGGACUUGAAGCUGUCAGAAAUAUGCGUACCUCACCCUAUGAAAUGGAGACUAUUCGAUUCCAACCAAGGCAAGUUCAUCAAGAACAUUAAGAAAGUACCUUUGAUAUCCGACACAUGCUGUAUUCAGCUAGAUGAGGGUAACAAGAUCCUGCAGGAGCUUUGUUGCUCGUCUGCGUCCGACACCGACGCGCCCUCAACAGCGAAUGACUUAAUUACGAUGAGAUUGGAGUAUGAGAACACGAUCGUGCUCAAACACAAUGAGGAGCUUGGGUCACUAUACCUUUGCCAUUAUGUGACAUGGCCAAAGAUCCUCCGGGAGCUACGCGGGACUUCUAUUGACUGGACAGCUCCAGAGACUUUCUCGGUCAUUUUGCAAGUCGCACUCGAGGCUGGCCCCAAGCAGGAAAGCGGCGAAUCGAGGCAAAGGCAUGCCCAGCUCCACGACGGUGCAUUCGCAACAGAAGUUUUGGAUGAGAUCUUGAGAGUUCUAGAUAUCUACACAGCCAGCUUCUCCGGGCGCACAGCGCUCGCUGUGUUCUGCACUAUCUCUAUCAAGAUUCUCUCUGAUGCUCCCGAUUCGUGCUAUGCCAAAGCAUACUAUAUUCUGAAGAUCAUUCGCAAUACAUGUUUUGAGUGGCUGAGAGACCGCAGGAUGAACGUACUAGACGUGACGUCUGCUCUUCUUGCGACACAGCUGGACCUGGCCUUAAUCUGUGUGUACACAUUCAAUCUGAGCAAUAGGGCUUUGAAACACUUUCUCACGGGCACGGCUGAUGACCACGCGGAGCAGUACGUCUUUGCCAUCACCAUCAUCCAAGAAAGCAAAAGCAGACUCACUACUCAAUUCCAGAAGUCGCUGUACUCUUCUUGGCUCCGAGUUGCUGUGAAUGCAGCUCCCAUACUGUGCGGACAAGUCAACAGAGAAGAGGCCGGCUCAAUUGCCAAUGGUCUUCAUUUCAGUCUGGGACGGGCCACGGGGCUGCUACCAGACGAGAACUGCUUCAGUCACGUUUCCGGCCCUUGGAUCAGGACUCGCACAGCACCUUACCCAGACAUGGUCUCCAAAAUCAUCCAUCUCAACACAAUGACGGGUGAAAUAUUACUUGAUGGAUUCAGUCCAAGGCACCUCCCUGCGGAUUUCCUCGCACACAAAGACUUUUAUGCGCUUUUUGGGCGUAUGAGCCCUGCUGUCACUCCAAGAAAUCAUCCGAUAUACCAAUAUCAGUUUCAUCACGCCUUUAAAGGCUUCGUCAUUGAAAUUGGGCUAGAAAAGAUCACUUCAGUGCAGGAAGCUGAUGAAGUCGAAUCUCUCUUGCAUUUACGAGCGACAAAAGGAGACUUAGUCUAUAUACUAGUUCCACGUCAGAUUCUGUCCAAGCCAAGCUUUCCAUUUCCGAAGGAGUAUCUGAACGGCUAUUUCUAUUGGCACCAAGUUACAGACUUUUCGUUCCACGUUGACCUUUAUCCUUACCAGAGCCCAUGGGACUGCGGCUCAAUUGCCAUGCAGCUACUGCACCAGCGUUCCGGUGGUUGGCUACUGAAGCAGCACGGGCGAGACCGUGUCGUUAUGCCCGCCACGGUCACCCACUACGAGGAGUUGUCCAAGAUAUUUCAACAUUUCAGGACCGAGAACGACUUCAGAGUAAUCUUAGACCAGGAAAAGAAAACAUUGGAGGUACGCCUAGGCACGCUUGGAUUAAACUUCAUUGUGGAUCAUGGAUCAGCCGACAUCCGCUCUGUCGAGUUUGAUAACAUGAGUAUCGAUCAUGGAUACUCACCACCGACAUUGAUUGGAUUGCUACCAAAGCUCGUCUUAUACAACCGGCAUGAUCAUACUCAGCGUGUACUGGUCAUUCUCGACGGUGAGGAGACAGUCUUGAAGGGUUCUGAACACGUCGACAUUUAUAUUGGGAUCAAAGAGGAAAUAACGGUACACGUUUACACGAUUGAUGACUUUUUGAGACAGCUCAAAGGAAAUCAGACGUGGAGAAGUAAAGCCUGGCUUGCAUAUCUGUCAGCACUAACCUCGCACCCUAUGCCUGAUCCUUUUACAUCGAGAACAGGGCAGGAGACUGCGCUCGAAAUUCUGACCUCCAGCGCGAUUACGUCAUUUGACGCACUCGAGGCCAGAGACCUUGUUUUGUUGAAAAAGAUUGGCCAGCUUUCUCCAGGAAUACAAUUUCGCAAAAGGGGCGGUCUUAAUAUUCCAACAAUUGAAUGGAGCCCCAAACUCCACCCAUCAUCCCACCAUGAAAAGUACUGGUUUGCAGUUGAGAAGAUUCGAGACCGUGCAGAUAGACAAAAUAUUUUCAGGAAGGACUCUACAAAUCAGCAACGGAAAACUCCAGAAGCAGAAACGAGGUAUCGGGAGUCACAUGCCAUACGGCUGGCUUGCCUCCGCACAGGGGAAUAUGACGGCCACACCACCGCUCACGAUGCCGACUAUUACUUUCGCAUACCAGAAACAGAACCCAAGCGAAAGAAAGGCUCCAUGGCGGCUGUUCCCUGGAAGUUUGACUAUGGAAGCUCUUCAGGAUUUCAGAGAGCAUAUUGCGCUGCAUACGGUGCGAAAUAUCGCCAGCGCUUCAAGCCUGUUAUACCGUCUCCGGGCAGUAUCCUGGGACAGAUGACAAUCGCGGGCGCACUCAAGGGCGUGACAAAACACUAUGAUGCACAAAACUUUCGAUAUACACCCAGAUGGGCAAGCAUCGCAGAGUCAACACUGGUCGAAGACCUUUGUUCUGUUCACAAUGCCCUCUCAAGCUCGAUUAAGGAUCGCAAUCCAUUCAGACUGCGGUUGUGGCUCAGCACCGUUGCGUCCGGCAUGGAAGGGCCUGAAGCUAGCAUUAUAAUGCCGAUUCUGAGUGCAAUGGUCAUUGAGAAUAAGUCGAUCGGUUUCAAAAUCCCGAGGACCAGCAACACCAACAACAGCCGCGGCACCGAUUAUCGCGCCGACCAAAUUAUAAUGGUACUGAAUGAGGAAAGACGCAUGUAUCAGUGCAAAACAUCAAUGAAUGGAAAAAGUCUGCGAGACAGUGGAAGCCACGAUAAAACUCAAGAUGAACUCAUAUCCUCGACUGCAGAAGAGAUUGCCAAGAACGGGCGUGUCGACCUCUUUCCCCUCCGCGCCUUUCUGGACGUUGGGCAAGCUGAAAAGUCGAUUGGAGAACUGGUGGAGAUUUGGAAUCUCAACAAACGGUGGUACAAGUAUGCCGAGCAUCUCUGUGUGCUGGUUUCAUCACUGGAAGUGGGCAAUACGAAGCCCCCAAUUGUGCUCCAUGUCCUCCCAAAAGUAGACACGAGCAGUGCAACAAAACGCAUGUCCGGGCAUGUUACCGUUGAAUCAAUAAUGAGCCAGAAACCGAUGAAAUUUGCGUCGUCAAAUGAAUGGAGAACAGAGUCUGUAUUUCUAUUGAAGUCUCUUGUUCAAAGGAGCGAGUGUAUCAUACAGCCUGCUCUUUCGUCCAUGCCCACGAACCUAUACGAGAAGGCUACCAAGCAGCAUGAGAAGGUUUACAUCAAAGAUUUGGAUGCCAGCAUACAAGCUCUGAAGACCCAUGACUCUACUAAGCAGGAAACACCGAAAUAUGACUCUAUAUAUGCAUUAGCAAAGGCAUACAAAGGCAAGAUCGAGGCAAGGUUACAAUCUCGGCUGCAGGAGGCUGAAGCUGUUGUGACAAGGAUCACUGGCCCCGAUGCAUCCCUUUCCAACGCAAUGAGACAUUCGGAUAUUCUCCCGCACAUCUCCCUGACAUGGCUUCUGCGUCGGAUCUCGUUCAACAACAGGGCCGCCCUGUCCAGUCGUUGGUCAAGCUUGAUCCGGCAGAUCGCAGUGUUGUGUCGGGAUCGUCAGCACAUGCGCAGAAUAAUGAAGGCGUGCAGCACGAAAUCAAAUGUACUGGAUGAGAUGAAAACCAUUGAUAGAUACACAUACGAUGACUCUUUAUUUCCCGAUGCAGUUCUUUUGGAAAUUGAGCAAGACGUCUGCCUUCGCUCGAAUCAGCUGGAAAUCGCGCGGCAGAUGAGAGAUCCUCCCAGAGGGGAAAACGCAGUCAUGCAGCUGAAUAUGGGAGAGGGGAAGUCUUCAGUCAUUAUUCCAAUAUUGAGCGCGUCCCUGGCGCAAGGCAAGACGCUCGUCCGGAUCUUUGCCGGCAGACACCAGUCCAAGCAAAUGCUGGACACCUUGAUUACGGCUUUGAGCGGACUCAUGGACCGACCUGUAUUCUGCAUGCCGUUUAACAGAGACUCGAAAUUGAGUCCAAAGUCGAUCAUCAAGGUCAAAGAGUCUCUACUUGAUUGCGUGAAUAGCGGUGGUGUCCUUUUGCUACAGCCUGAGCAUCACCUGUCUCUGCUGCUAUCUACCUCUCUAAACGAGGAACCUGCCGCGACAAAGAACUUUGUGAGCCUAUUGAAAUAUAUAAAGACUACAAGUCGUGACAUCAUCGACGAAUGCGAUGAGCUCUUGUCGCCUACAUAUGAGCUUCUUUACACCAUUGGCACCCCGGGCCCAGUCGACUUUGCGCCCGACAGGUGGCUCUUGAUACAGGGCCUUCUUGAGCAAGUCAAGAAUUACAGCAACCCUAAAAGCAACAUAAUUACAACUGGCCAGGUGCUGUACCAAACUAAUGCAAAGCAUCCCGACGCAUUUCCGAGUUUCUGCUUUUUGACGCCCGCAAGUCUUUGCGUUGUGCUCACAGAGGUGGCCCGCAAAUUUGUGAGUAAAGGUAUUACAGGGUUUCCUGUUAUUAGUCGGUAUGAGGGCCGUAAGAAGAAGGCUAUUUUCGAAUACAUUACAAUGGCUGAGCCUCCCAAAAAGUCUGUCAAGGAAGUCGAAAAGCUCGGCGAGGUAGCCAAAUCCGGUCUGGCAUUGGUACGAGGAUGCAUCGCCGGCGACGUCUUGCGCGUCCCCCUUUUGCGAAAACGUUGGCGAGUAGACUUUGGCUGUGACUUUCGACGCACGCCCCCGACGCGCCUCGCUGUUCCUUUUUCUGCAAAAGACGUACCAAAGCCGCGCGCCGAGUUCAGCAACACGGACGUUGUGAUUAUCUUCACACAAUUGUCCUACUACCACAGUGGGUUGCAUGAACAGCAUGUCCGAGAUCUUAUCGAGCACAUGCUCACAUCCGACGACGGCCAUGAUGUAUAUGGCCACUGGUUCGAGAAAUCGAACUCGAGCAUGCCAGUGCAGCUGCAGAUACUCAAGGCGGUCAACUUACAAGAUGACAAGCAAUUCUACGAAUCGUUCUACCCCAACAUCAAAUACUCUAUCAAGGCCAUUGAUCACUUUCUGAGUCGGCUGGUGUUCCCGACGGAGCUUGGUGCUUUCAGCCAACACAUGGCUGCCUCGGGGUGGGAUCUGGCGGAAGUAAAGGCACAUCCUACGACCGGCUUCAGCGGCACAACCGAUCAGUGCGAACUGCUACCUUUGGAUAUGAAGCAGCUUAAUCUGCCGACUCAGGCGCACACCAAUGCUCUCGUGCUGAACAAUAUUCUUAGCACGGAGAAUACGGUGCUUUCUGUGCAUACAGAACUGGAGAAGAGGUCCUUUGACGGCAGCGACCUGAUUGACCAUGUCAUCAAAGACGGUCAGAUUCGCGUCAUUCUUGAUGUUGGCGCGCAAGUCAUCAAGCUCAGCAACAGACAAGUGGCUGAAAGGUGGCUUCAGCAAACGCAAGACAGCACCAUCAAAGCUGUGCUUUUUUGCGACGAUUCGGAUGCUCUGUCUGUGAUAGACCGCAGCGGAACCGCACUUCCUCUCAAGGUAUCUGUCUAUGCAAACAAACUCGACGCAUGUGCAGUCUUUUUAGACGAGGCACACACGCGAGGCACAGACUUGCGACUUCCGCUAAACUACAAAGCCGCUGUUACUCUCGGUCCCGGUCUUACUAAGGAUCGUUUAGCUCAAGCUUGUAUGCGCAUGCGAAACCUUGGCAACGGCCAGACUUUGGUUUUCUACGUCAGCUUCGAGGUCGAGAACAGCAUUCGAAGUUUGUUGCGCCUAUCCGAUGAGCAACCCUUGACAAUAGACUACAUCAUUCAGUGGUCCAUCUUGCAGACGCAGGCGAGCAUCACACGGCAAAUUCCGCACUGGGCCAAGCAAGGCCGUCGCCACGGAGAGCAAGCUGAGGCAUGGAAGUCUAAGAGCUACGCACCCCAAUCAACGAAAGCUGCCAUGCAAGGAGGCGUCCAGAACGUGUCGAACGCCAACUCGGAUGCUGAAACAAGCUCGAGAUUUGAAAAGGGAAAUCCGCACCUUACGGAUCGUCUCAAAUCUAGGUGUCUGCAGUAUGGCAUCUCGAAAUCAUCGAGUGGCGACAUUGACGAGACGUGCGAGCGCGAGGUGGCGCCCGAGGUUGAGGACGAAAAGCAAUUAUCCAAGCCCCCCAACCCGUUAGCUAUGAACAGUUCCUACAACAAAGCCUUGGAGAAGUUCAUUGAAACGGGUAAAAUUGAUGAUGAUCUUCCCAAUCUGGAGUGGGCCUUUGAUUCGCUCCGCCGCACCACGUUAGAGGACAUGCUCAAGAAGCUCAAAUUUCCUCGCAACCUGCGCGUGACAAGAGACUUUGCCCAGGCCGUCGUUACAUUUGAUGCUACGGACGCCUAUCAGCAUCAUGUCGCAUAUGUAUUGCACAUCAAGCCUGUGCUCGUGCGGCAUGACGGCCCGCCUGCGGUUGUCAUCAUCACUCAGUCCGAUUUAGAGAAUUACUGGUCCGCCAUUGAGAAAUCUAAAAUGGUCGACUUGCAUCUUUACAAUGCCAAGGUCACGCCGGGAGCCGCUCACCGUGUAGGCUACAUCUAUCCCCUCAACAUUGCAUGCUCAUACACGCAUCCAACCACGACUCGGAUCGCGCUGGACCUCUUUGCGGGACAGCUCUAUUUUGGGUCCUACCACGAGUACAUUGAGGUGUCGAGCUUUCUUGGCCUGGCCUACUUUGACGACGCAAAGGACAUUGAAGUCGACCCGGACGGCUUCAUUCCAUCGCAUGAGCGCCACAAGAUUCCAGCCUGGCACCGCCACGCGAACCAGUACUGGGACACGUUUGACGUCAGCCCCGUGCCAUUUCUGAAGCGAUUCCUUGGCGUAGUACGCAGCCACGGCGCAGGCAUCGAGCACACGCACAUGGGCAGGAUCCUCGACGGCGAGCGCCUCGGCAGCAAAGAGUUUCCUGAUUACAAGGCUCGCGGGCCGGAAGAUGUCGAGCCAGGACUCAAGACUGACACAGGAGCACGGAUCGAGACCAAGACGCAGCGAGACCGUCGGAUGCAGAUGCAAGGAAAGCGAAGCAGAGAAGAUGGGCAAGAGAGCAAGACAGAGCCAGCGCCCAAGCGGCCGCGAUUGGCGGCGAGCAAGGCGGCCGAGGCGGCUAUUUCUAGACGACAAGAUGAGAAUGUGCCCGAGGCUACGGCGGAGAUGUCCAGAGUUGCAGCUGCAGAGGGUAAGGAGAGAGAGGAGAUGCAGGAGAAAACAAGAGAGGCGGCGCAAAAGAAAAUGGACAAGCGCAAGAGAGAAAGCAAUGAAUGA